AUGGCCUACGAUCCACGCGGCGAGCGCGACCAUGGAGGGCAGGGCCGAGGCGGAGGAGGCCGAGACGGAGGAGGAGGUGGUGGUGGAGGAGGGUAUGAAGGCAUGACCUUCCGUGGACGAGGCAAACGCCCCGUUACAGAUUAUGGAUCAACUAUUGUCCACUGGAUGCGAAAUAGACAGCCAAGAUUCAAGGGUGGCUACCAAGGAGAGAUGGAAAGACCAAGUCCAAGCUAUAUCGUGGAUAUCCUACCGCCGUUAUCGAGGCUUUCAAACCCAGCAGAUUCGAUCCCUACGAAACAUCUUCAUGCCUCGCUGAACAAGAACAGGCAUCCCGUGAACUUUGUCCGAUGGACACCAGAGGGGCGAAGAUUACUCACGGGUUCAGCCAGUGGCGAGUUUACUUUAUGGAAUGGAACUGGUUUUAACUUCGAAACCAUCAUGCAAGCACAUGAUGCUUCUAUCAGAGCCUUGACCUACUCACACAAUGACGAAUGGCUGGUGUCAGCUGAUCAUGAAGGCAUCAUCAAGUACUGGCAAACCAACUUCAACAACGUGAAAGUCAUCCAAGGGCACAAUGAUGCAAUUCGAGAUAUUGCAUUCAGUCCGAACGACUCGAAAUUUGUCACGGCCUCAGACGACUCUACUCUGAAAAUCUUCGAUUUUGCUGGAGGGAGUGAAGAAAAGGUCCUAACAGGCCACGGAUGGGAAUGCAAGAGCGUCGAUUGGCAUCCAACAAAAGGUCUUCUUGUUUCCGGAUCAAAAGAUCAUUUGGUCAAAUUAUGGGAUCCUCGAACAGGCCGAUGUCUAACGACACUUCACGGCCAUAAGAAUACCAUCACCAAAACUCUGUUUGAAAAAGUGAGAGGAAACUGUCUAGCAACAUCAGCACGAGAGCAAUCAGCACGUGUAUUCGACCUUCGGAUGAUGCGUGACAUCUGUAUCCUGAAAGGUCACGAGAAAGAUAACAUCACGGCACUAGUAUUCCACCCUAUCCACCCAAAUCUCCUCAGCACAGCAGGCGAUGGACCAAUCUACCACUACCUCCUCGACGAGCCCAAUACCCCACCGGGCGUGGCAACAACCAUAGCACCCUACGACAGUCCAGACCCUACCACCACUCCAGCACAAGUCAUCUACCCAGCGCACAAAAUCCAGCACGCUCACCAAUACGCCGUAUGGUCACUGGACUGGCAUCCUCUGGGUCACAUCCUCGCAUCAGGUUCCAACGACCGCAGCACCGCUUUCUGGACUCGUGCCCGACCCGGCGACGUCGACGUCAACGACGACAAAUGGCACAUCGGCGAAGCAGCCGCCGAAGCAAAAGGGACCUGGGACCGUCGCGGUGCUCGUCGUCACCGGCAGGAGGAAGAAGAGCAGGAAAUGGAAGACGAGGUCGAUGGUCUUGUCGACCAGAAAAUGCCAUCUAAAGCCCCCACCUUCCCUGGUAUGCCCGGUCUACAAUUACCGCAGUUUGGAAAGGACAAUACAGGCGCUCAGCCAAUAUUCCCCGGUAUGGGUUCCGCUCCCCCUCCGCCCCCUAUGUUUGGGAACGGUGUGCCUCCUCCUCUGCCUGGUCUCGACCCAAGCCACCCUCCAGAUUUUGCCAAGCUGGCAGAGAUGCUGGGCAAAGCUGGGCUACCACCUCCACCACCUAUUGGUGCUGGCCAAAUACCACAGAUUCCUGGAAUGCUACCGCCUGGCUUGUUGCCGCCCCCUGGAUUUCCUGGUGGGUUCCCGCCUCCGCCGCCGGGGAUGGGGAUGGGUGCUCCUCCUUUCCAGAUUCCUGGAAUGGCAGGUGGAGGGAGUGUGAGUGAGAACAAGGAGGAGCCGCCGUCUUCGGGUGGUGGAAGUAUUCGGAGGAGAGGACCGUUACCGAGUCAGGAAGAAAGUUUGCAGAUGGAGCAGAGGAAGGGGAAGUACACCCGAGCGAGGUGA